ACUCAAUGAAAUAUAGUGAUAAUUUAUGCCGUAUAACCUGCAGCGACAGCUCAGACUUAUUUUUUAAGAUAUUAACAUUGUAACUCAUACAUUUAGUUUUGCCCAUCAUAUUGUCGCCAUAUUAUCAUUUUAUAUUUUAAUGUUUUACUAAGAGAUUUCCUAUAGGCUAUAGGUAAAUAAAUUCUCUGUUUGUUUUUUAUUAAUAAAUAAUUUACACCUACUUGGUGUUCAUACAACACAAAAUGUUUAAACUAGCAUGCAGUAAGUUAAUUAUUGGGUUGAUGUAAAUAUUAUAUUAGUUUGUAAAAUAUUAUUUUUUUUAAACUGUGUACAUGCCCAAUAUUUAGGACGACCCAAAAGAUUAUUUGUGACACCCGAAAAACAAAUUACACCUAUAUCUGGCCAAUGCCUACAUUAACGUCGACUGUUUGUGAGGUAGACUAUUAAUUCUGCCUUCACCUCAUUUAUUCUGGAUAGGCAGUUUACGUGCACGAUGACACCAAGGAACGGGAAACAUCUAUCACGAGAAUUAGAAUGAUGCAGUUUAAUGAUGAGGAGGGGGUCUCUAUGGUCGGUCCGGUCUUGUGCAAUGACCACAGAGAUCAUAAAAUAGGAACAAUACUUAGAAUUAACUUAACACGUAUUGAAGUCCGGUUAUGGUGAUGAUCCGCUGAAGAUGUGAAAGGACUGCCAAGCUAGAUGACCUAGGUGGCCUCUCACACAACGGAUUAGUUACUGGCGGACUAAGCGGGCCCAGGUACCAUCAGGCUUAUAAGUUUGGUUAUGUAGUUCUUAAAAACUUAAACUUACCAGUAAUAGUAUUUUUUUUAUAAAAACAAUAAAUAUUUUAAGAUAAUAUCUCAUAUUAUUGACUUAUUGCAUUGAUAAUUGUAUUAACUACAAUUUGUAAAUGGGUACCUAUGCAAUCAGAAUUUAUUGGUCGGACUUAGUUCCAAGGUUACAGCCUUUUGAAGAUUGCAAUUUUGAGUAUUUUACGUCUACACAGAUUAUUCCACAAACCUUCUCGAAAAACUAUAUUUAAAACUUUCUUAAAUAGUAUUAUUAACGUUCAGUAGAUAUUUUAGAUACGAUAAAUGUAAUUGACCACGAAAUAAUAUACAAACUCUCAUGACUCAUGACAUAUGACAAUCUUUGGUAUCUACGUUCUACGUGUAAUAUGUUAUUAGUUAUUAGUAAUAGGGUUCGGAUUUGAAGGCAAAUGCCUUUCUUUUAUUAAUCAUAAUAGAAAAAUAAUUUUUAUACAAAAAUGUGUUUCAUUUAAUUUCUUACACGAUGGAACCUUUUUUUUUUGUCUUUUUUUGCCUUUUUACUUAUAAAUGCCUUUUUGCCUUUUUUUACCUUUUGUUCUUAUAAUGCCUAUUUUGUCUUUAAUUUUUCAGUUGAUUUUAUAAUUUUAUACUCAGCUUGCGUAUUAUCGCUACAAAUGGGUUUUAUUAUUCGCAAUAUUUAUCGAUAUCGUCUUAUCGAGUAUUUGGUAUGACCAUAAAAUUACCCGUACACCUAAAAUAUGGGUGUGUAUUGACGAAACCACAGAUUCAGAACGCCAAAACGUGGCUAACAUAAUAGUUGGAAUUCUACAACCAGAAAAUCCUGGAAAUUUGUAUCUUCUUCACACAGACUAUUUAGAUAAGGUAAAUAGUAGUACAAUUACCCAGCUAUUUGACAAAGCAAUGCAUAUAUUGUGGCCAACUAAUGUAAAAUACGACAAUAUUUUGCUUUUUAUAUCUAACACGGCUCCUUAUAUGAAGAAAGCGGGUAGUACAAUUCAAACUUUGUACCCGAAUAUUAUUCAUCUAAAUUGUUUGGCUCAUGCAUGUCAUAACGUCUGUGAAGAAGUACGAGCAUAUUAUAAAAAUGUAGACCAGUUAAUUUCUGAAAUGAAAAAGACAUUUUUAAAAUGUCCUAAGAGAAUCGCAGUUCUGAAAGAAAAAUGUCCAGAAUUGCCAAAUCCACCUAGACCGAUAAUUACACGUUGUGGUACAUGGAUUAAUGCAGUAAAAUACUAAUGUACAAAUUUCAAUGAACUGAAAUCUAUAAUUGAAGAAUUCGAAGAAGAAUCUGAAUGUGUGAGAGCAGCUAAAAGACUUUUUAAAAUGUCUUCGAUACAAAGUAAUCUGGUGUAUAUUGUAUCUAAUUUUGGAUUUUUGCCUGACACAAUUACAAAACUAGAAACAAGAGGUGUAUUACUAUCGAAAAGUGUAGAUGUUGUAAAUAAUAUAAAGAUUAAACUCGAAGAAUGCAAUGGCGAAAUAGCUAAAUUGAUUUUGGAUAAAUUCAACAAAGUUAUAUCGAAGAACAAAGGAUGGGAAAAUAUCAAAAAGAUCAACCGAGUAUUGAUUGGAGAAACCACAAGCGAUGACGAUCUAUCAAGUAGCAAUCUUAAUUUAGAUAACUAUUUAAGUAUGAAAUACGCCCCGAUAACUUCGGUGGACGUAGAAAGAUCGUUUUCGAUCUACAAAAAUAUUUUAACCCCAAACCGUAGCCGUUUUACUGAAGACAGACUAUAAAAAUACAUGGUAGUCAAUUUUUUUUUUAA